AUGGCAUUGAUCUCGCCUCUUGGAUUCGGCACGCCGUCGUCAAUGGCAUCUCCCUUCGAGCUGAUAAAAGGCGUCAUUAUGAUGGACAACGAGGAGCCUAGUGUCUGGGGCGCCUGGGGCCCGACAACGUGUAUGGAUUCAUCGUCCAGGGGCCACAUUUCUGAGUUCGUCACAACGGACAUUUAG